AUGUCCUCGGAAGUUGUAAAUGACGAAGAAAUUUGUAUGCGCGAUAUCAAACCCGAUGGACUCGAAUCAAAUCGGAGGUUCUGCUUCUGGGUCUCUGACGAUUUCCGGCUGUUCAGCGUCGUUCUGUUGAACGCUCACGUCGACAUGCAGCACUGCUUUGGAAUUUGGAAAUUCCACGCUUGGUUCCCCAGUAUAUUCCGACUUCUUCUGUCCACAAGACACUCUCAAGGUCCACAACUCGGCAUGUAUGCUCAUCAGAUAGGGGAAAGAAAGGAUAUCAUCGGGAAUGAAAACGCAAAACUGAAAAUGAUGGAGUUCGAAGGACCAUCGGGCCACCGUAACACUAGGGGUGCUCAGUUCUAUAAUGGCUAG